AUGACUGGACGCCAUGGAUAUGAUGUACGCCCGGAGCGUCAAAACGAGUAUUUUAUUCCCGGCGAUGGUAUCAGCCGGGAGGUUAUCCAAGCAGAUAUUUGCCGUUAUCUUGGAAAUGAUGCGCUCGGCCGCCAGGGUUAUUUCAUCCGUGCCUACCGGAACCUCACUUCUGAAAUGAUUGCUGAUCUCAAAGCCGAUUCCGCUCGGUGGGAGGCAGAUGUGAUACGUCGAGCUGACCAAGGCUAUCCGAGAGCAAACUAUGCAUCAUCAGCGAUCCACGAAGGGCGCCAGACCCAGGGUCCGUCCCCUCCACCUACCUACUCUGCACCACCUACUCAGUCGUACGUGGACCCAUAUGCUCAGGCGGGGUACCAACAGACACACAGCCCCCCGUAUCCACCCCCUUCAUCAUAUCCUUCGAACCACUCCCCCUUUGGAGGGCCUGGCCAAAACCCAUACCCCCCUCAGCAGAUUCCUUACUCUGCUCCAAGCCAGCCCCCAGUGUCUACUACUGAGAUGCACCCAACUUACACAUACACGACCACUACUGGCUAUGGCUACGAAAACGGGAGAAACAAUGCCCCAAGAUACCCUGGUCCUGGCUAUGAACCCGAAUCGGAAUAUUCCCCUGCUACUUCCGGAAUGGCUUAUCCUGCCACUACAGCCCCAGACCCCCGGAUAGGAGGGAUAGACCCAAGAUAUACCCCGGAGUCGGCAUACUCGGACCGCAAUAGACCACAGCCAGCUAGGGAGAGGGAUACCACACGCCGACCCCGGUAG